AUGAGUGACUCAAGUUCUACUUCGACGGACCUGGCGUCUGCUACCUCGAGUGUCGUAGAGACCACCUCGACGCUGCCCAGUUCAACCACAGAUUCGACGACAUCGUCCCCGACGACGACAACAAGUACUAUUGUUUCUACCACCACAACUACGUUCAGUUCUACAACAACCACCUCCCCUUCCCCGAUCCCGACCACCACCACCACCACUUCAACAACCACUCCGAGUCCCCUGCCCGUAACCUCUUCAACAUACACCACUCCUUCAACUUCGUCAUCGAGCACGGAAUCCGCCUCCGAAACAUCAUCUUCCACGUCCGAAUCCAGCACCACAAGCACCAGUGAAACGCCAGUUGUUAUAACCACUUCGAGCACUUCAAUUUCCUAUACCACUACCACGUCGUAUAUCACCCAGGUUCUCCAAACCACCCAAAAUGGACAGCCAGGCUACACCACCAUCACAUCCGUCGUGAUAGCAACGAAUCCCGCCACCACACUUGUGGCACCAGCAACCUUCACAAGCACUCCAGGAAGUGCCCCGACUCUCCUUCCAUCAAACGGCGGCGGCGGCGGCAGCUCAGGUCUGUCGACAGGUGCCAAAGCUGGUAUAGGGGCUGGAGUGGGUAUCGUUGUUCUAGCUGCCGCCAUCUUCGGUGGCUGGUAUAGCUGGUACAUGAGGCGGCGGAGGAAACGAAAUUCCUACUCAAACGAUCAGUAUUCAGAUGAACCCUUGCCUAGUAUGACAGGGCUCGGCAUCGGAGGUGCAAGCGGCGCAGCGGCGGGAAUGGGAGCCGUGGCCGCUGUCUCAUCACGGUACCGUGACGCCUCGAACCCCUCAGACACGCGGUCAGAGCUCCCAUCCCCUCCCAUUCCUCCUCCUCGAUCUCCAGACCGACUUAUCCCGCCCGGCGUGGUACCCAUGAGAUACCAGGCUUCUAGUUCGCCCCCUCCCAAUCAGGGCUCUUCCCACAUGUCCGUCUCCGAUCAGAGCGAGUACUCACAGGGUAACAACCAAUAUCCACCGGGCGGCCAAUACCCACCACAACCUCCUAACGCAGCUGCGGGUGGCUACUUCGGCAACCUCAACGAACUACCCGAAGACCAGAGAAACAUCUACCAACUCCCGGACGACCAAGUCUCCAAUCCGAUGUCGCACCAAAGCUACCAACAUGCCAAUAUGGGCCAGGAUGGGUACUGGUCCGGGCAACCGUCAGCACCUUCAGGACGCUCGGGGCCUUCCGCGCCCUCAGUGCCCUCGGCUCAAGAGUCCUAUGAGUUGCCUGGACAAAGCCCCACACCCGCGCCACCGCAACCGCAACCGCAAGGAGGGCAGGGAGGCUAUCGCGGCACGGAUCGAGAGGUCCCUCUUCAUCAACGCAUGGAAGGCAGAGUGCCUUACCGGCCAGGCCAUCUCCCGCCUUCGCACAACUACUAA